AUGAUGGAAAUCAGAACUGCAAACUGCGGUAAGUAUGCAAUCACGCGGUCCAACUAAAAAAUUAUUUUUAAGAUAUCAAAGAAUACGCCGCAAGAAUAUUCAAGAAAUACUCGGACACGGUUUUUGCAGACGAUUAUGAAGGGGUACCUCGAGUUACGUGCACCUUACCUAAAACAAAUUUGUUUUUUUAGCUAUUGAGUUUCUACGACGACAGUGCGGUGCUGAUCGAACGGGGAAAAGAAAGUUUCUACGGAGUCGGCAACAUCAUCGACGCCAUCAAAGCGUACCACGCAGGACUCGGCCCAGGAACCACACAGGUACGUUCGCAGACUGACGGAAGACAUUCGCAUUGUAAUAGAACAAGGUGCGUUCUCAGAACUCGGAGUUCAAGGUCGAGUACACCGACAAUGUGAUCACUAUUCGUUGCAAAUACCGCGUGAGUCGCCCUUGGGUUUUUUAUCUUUAGCCUUAUCAUAUUACAAUUAAGGUGCAGUCCGUGCUUUCCAAUGAGACCUGGGAGGGCGAGUACGUACAGUACUGGAAGAGCGAGAUCGGACAGCUGCCGAAGAUCAUUCGCGACGAGUUCAGCAUCGACAAAAGAUAUUAG